AUGCUCCUGGAUCACCGAAAGAAACUCAAUGAAUCUGCAGAUGAAGAACAGGAAUUCUCAGAGGUUUUCCUCAAAACCUACAGCUAUACAGACAUUUUCCGGAAGUUCAAGAACAAGGAGACCAUUGCAGCUGUUCGGAGUUUGCUAAUGCAGAAGAAAUUACACAAAUUUGAACUAGCAGCCCUGGGGAAUCUCUGUCCAGAGGCACCUGAAGAAGCCAAGGCACUAAUCCCAUCCCUAGAAGGACGCUUUGAAGAUGAAGAAUUACGACAGAUUCUCGAUGAUAUUGGCACAAAGAGAAGUUUGCAGUAUUAA